CCUGCUCACCCCCGCGAUGGGGAGCCGAUCCCCGCAGCGGGCCUUCGCUGGGUGAAGGGGCCGUGGGGACUUGAGCCCGCCGACGGCGCCGAGAUCUGGUCGCUUGGAGAACGCGGGUACAACCAGAUCACCAUUCGAAGAAAGAAAACGGCACAAACAUACAUUUCCGGAGGUCCGCGCGGAUGUCUUGGAUCGACGCUACGGCCCCACUGGUGGCACUUCUAGUCCGCCCCUGGCGCGCUCCGCGCGCACGGGAGGGGGUCCAGCACCGAUCCAAGAUAUCGGCGCGGGCCUUCGAAUGUUUAUGUUUACGUAGUUUUAUGUUCUUCUGACCAUAGAGCAGAUCGCCAGGGAGCACACGCCGGAAGGCGUCGCGGAAAUCAUCCACAAGGAGCUUCCGCCGCGGUUCGCGCAGCGCCUGCGGCAGAUGGAGACCAGCUGCCCAGACUGGAAGGAUAUCCCCGGCAUGAAGGAGUGCUACGCGACGCUUGAGCAGUCCUUCAACAACCUGCGGCUCGUAAAGUUCGACGCGUCGGACCUAUCCGACUUCACAGAGGUGAUCAAGGACCUCCGGGAGAGGCACAAGGAGAUCGUGCCGUUGUUUUCUAGGGCGGCAGAAGGGCUGCGGAACAACACCUCGAUGACAUCGAAGGAUAUCGACGAGUGGCUGGACAAGAUUAUGACCUCUCGCAUGGGGACGGAGAUGCUCACAGCCCACUA